UUUGGCAUAUCCGCAUUACAGCACGUUAGCGCUACCGCGCCUGACGCGCAUGCUCUGAAAUGCAUGCAGUGCAGUUGUUGCGACAGUGGAGAGCGAUUUAAUUUCCUAACAACUUGCAAGAUGACCACUUCGUGGAGUGACCGGUUACAGAACUAUGCGGACCUUCCUGCGAACAUGGAUGGACUCGCAAUGAAGAAGUAUCGGAGAGAGGCCUACCACAGAGUAUUUGUAAACAGAAGCUUGGCAAUGGAGAAGAUUAAGUGCUUUGGCUUUGAUAUGGAUUACACUUUAGCAGUGUACAAGUCCCCGGAGUACGAGUCCCUGGGGUUCGACCUGACAGUGGAGAGGCUGGUGUCCAUCGGGUACCCCCAGGAGCUCCUCAACUUCGUCUAUGACCCCUCCUUCCCCACCAGGGGCCUUGUGUUUGACACGACAUUUGGCAACCUGCUGAAGGUGGAUGCCUAUGGGAACAUCUUGGUCUGUGCGCAUGGGUUCAACUUCCUGCGAGGGCCUGAAAUUCGAGAGUUGUAUCCCAACAAGUUCAUCCAGCGGGGAGACACAGAGCGUUUCUACAUCCUGAACACUCUCUUCAACCUUCCUGAAACCUACCUCUUUGCGUGCCUGGUUGACUUCUUCACAAACUGUUCUAGAUACUCCAGCUGCGAUGCUGGAUUCAAAGACGGAGACCUUUUCAUGUCCUUCAAGAGCAUGUUCCAGGACGUCCGAGACGCUGUCGACUGGGUCCACUUCAAGGGCUCUCUAAAAGAAAAAACAGUUGAAAAUUUGGAGAAGUACGUGGUGAAAGAUGCCAAAUUGCCCCUCCUGCUGAGCCGGAUGAAUGAAGUGGCCAAAGUGUUUCUGGCCACUAACAGCGACUACAAGUACACUGAUAAAAUUAUGACAUACCUUUUCGACUUCCCCCAUGGUCCAAAGAUGAGCGCCCCGCACAGGCCAUGGCAGUCCUAUUUCGACCUGAUCUUGGUGGACGCACGCAAGCCCCUGUUCUUUGGAGAGGGGACAGUGCUGAGACAGGUGGACACAGCCACAGGACGGCUGAAAAUCGGGACAUACACAGGACCUCUUCAGCACGGCAUCGUUUACUCUGGAGGCUCCUCAGACAUUGUCUGUGACCUCCUCGGGGCGAAGGGAAAGGACAUAGUGUACAUCGGAGACCACAUCUUCGGCGACAUCCUCAAGUCCAAGAAGCGGCAGGGCUGGAGGACCUUCCUGGUGAUCCCGGAGCUGGCUCAGGAGCUGCACGUGUGGACCGAUAAGAGCUCUCUGUUUGAGGAGCUGCAGAGUUUGGAUAUUUUCCUGGCGGAGCUUUACAAACAUCUGGACAGCAGUAGUAAUGAGAGGCCUGACAUCAGCUCUAUACAGCGGAGAAUAAAGAAAGUGACGCACGACAUGGACAUGUGCUACGGCAUGAUGGGAAGCCUGUUCCGCAGUGGCUCCCGGCAGACGCUGUUCGCCUCGCAGGUGAUGCGCUACGCUGACCUGUACGCCGCGUCCUUCAUCAACCUGCUGUACUACCCCUUCAGCUACCUGUUCAGAGCCGCGCACGUGCAGAUGCCUCACGAGUCGACGGUGGAGCACGCCCACGUGGACGUGGAGCCCGAGUCGCCCAUGGCGACGCGAAACCGCCGCACGCUGGACUUCAGAGACUUCGACCGCAAGAGGCACCAGCUGACCCGCUCCAUCAGCGAGAUCAAGCCCCCGCACCUGUUCCCCCAGACCCCCCAGGAGAUCACGCACUGCCACGACGAGGACGAUGACGAAGAGGAAGAGGAGUGACCCAAACCAGGCGGGGGAUUAACUGUACAGAGUGAGGCAUUGAGUUUGAGGCAUUAUUGGCACUGUGUAUAAAGGAUUGUCUUUGUAAAUGGGAAUAUUUUUUUUACUGUCUGUGUGUAUCACACCAGGCUGAACUUUAUGAAUUAGAGCCUAGAUUCUCCUCCUGCUACUCUCAUUUUACGUUCUGUUUUUAAGUGCUCUUCUUUUGUUUUCUCAUGUCCUAGGGGGGUAAAGUGUAUAUAGUUAAAUGCAGAAGCGCUGGGAUAGGGACACAACUUUUGUUGUUUUGGCUCUGUUCUCCAGCACAUUGGAUUUGAAACGUGCAGACUCCUUUAAUUUGAGGGCGUUUACAUCCAUAUCAGAUGAUCCGUGUAGGAAAUGGUAAUUGGACAAAUUCCAAAUUCCCCAAAGUAAUUGGACAAAUUCCAAUUCCUCUUCUCUCUUCUGUGGUCUUUCAGGUCUUUUUGGUAUUGCUGAGGUCACCAGUGUUUUCUUGCUUCCUCACAAUGUAUCAAACAGUUGAUUUUGACAAUGUUUUAGCUACUGUGUGUCUCUUCACAUACUGUAUGUAUGAUUUGUUCAUAUUUUUCAGCCACUUAUUUGGUCCUCUUAUAUUAAAGCUGACGGUCUGAUCUUUACCUCAUACCCUUUAUUUCACAUCCAGUGUGCUGGAGCACUGAGCCAAAACAACAACAAUGGUGCCACUGUCCCAGUAGUUGUAGCACAUAACUGCAUAGGUGUGUAUGUAUAUAUACAGUAAAUACACACAUGUAAUUGGGAGAAUUUAAAGACCAAACUCCAGUGGCUGGAACAGUUUAAGGGUGUGUGCAUCCUUGCUAUACUGUGUUCCCUGACACGCGUGUGCCAUGUGUGCUCUGACACAGUCACACGUGACCUGUGUGUUCCCUGACACGCGUGUGCUAUGUGCUCUGACACGCGUGUGCUGUGCGCUCUGACAGUCACGCGUGACCUGUGUGUUCCCGGUCGUGCGUGUGCCAUGUGCUUCAGUGGAGACCUGCAGGAGGGCUCAGCCUCAUGGUAUUGUGCUGAUGGGCCUUUACUGUAACUGGGAAUCAUGGUCCAAUGUUCACUGCCGCUGUAGCCCCUGCAGCGUCUGUGCGCUGUCGCCUCUGGAGACCAGCGCAGUGCCGGAGUCCCUGCUCCUUCCUGUAACACUGUACGGUGUCCUGUCUGCGGUGUGGAAACUCAGGAGAGUUAGCGAAGCUAACCGCUAACAGUUUCUCCAGUUCAGUAUGCACAAGUGCAUAGGGCUGUCACAGACCUCGUCAUGAGACCCGUGUCCAUCUCGUUAUGAAUAAAACAAAGUGAAAGCAGCACAUAAAAGAUUACUGGACUCCGGUUCGAAUCGAGCACCCAGCCCAGCUGCUGAGGGACAGUUGUGGCUGGUAUAAGUGUUAAGCAGCCACUGUGCUGAAGUGACAACAUCACGCUAAAGCGGUUAGCCGCUUUGACUGUAGCGAGGCUUCAGGUGUGUCAGGCUUUAAGAGUGUACAGCAUCCUGCUGUAGUCAGCCGUGCUCUUACAUUAAUGCUCCUGCCCCGUUACUGCUGAAAACCUCAUUUUAACUUUCAAUGAGAUCAGAUUCUUCAUACCAUCUGAACAGGAAUGUAUGUAGUGUAAUGUUAUAAAAACGACAUGCGUUGUGAAUUACCAGAAUCACGCAAAUUUGACGUCACUUAGAAACGGUUUCUUUCUGCCGUGCUAGACACUUUAGUGUGCAGUUACUGUUACGGUUAUAGUUUUUGCUGUAACGGCCUGAUUCAUGGCACUGGAUUCACACUUGAAUGUAGGCUAAAUAAGCAAAUUAGCAUGGUGUGUGGAACGGGCUGUACCUCUCCUAUAGCAGGGAGGCUAGUCUGGGUUUCAUCACAUCUGAGGGUGUCACUUACUCUGUUAACUUCAUGAAUUCAGGCUCACUGCUGCACAACACUGAAAGCCUGUUGUGUGUGUUAUUUCUGUAUUUAUAUUCCCUUAUUGAGUAAAUGGGAAUGGCCUGUUCACAUCACAAUGACUGGAAUAUAUAAAUGAUAACGAGAACAAGAAGCAGGCUCCUUGUUUGAGUCCCAUUUCGGAACGGUGACCAUGGUUCUUACACAAUGACGGCACAGACUUCAACCUCAUUCUCCAGCAAUGCGUAUUUAGACUUUCCUGUGUGGGUUGGAUUCUGUACAAACCCUGUCUUUAACUCAAAGCCAGUAUGAUGUUUUCCGUGCGUGUUGGGUUUUUUUCUCUCAUGAACUGUUGGGUUCAGCCUUGAUGCAGUACGGUUGAACUUGAAGGCUAGUCCUGACAUCAGUGCAAUUUUGAGAAUUGAAAUUGAAGCUGCUUUAGAAUGAUAUUAUUACCUGUAGUUAUAUUUCCUUGCAAAAAAGAAAAGAAAAGCUGUGUGCCAACAUCUGGAGUGAUUGUUUUAUUAAAUUGUUUGAAUACUUUAUUACUUUACUUUAUUAUUAUCAUUUUUGUGCAUGUUCUUUGCAGUUUUUUGCGUUUUGGUUUUUUAAAGUACAAUGUGUUUGUUGUUUCCUUAAGAAUGUUAAGAAAAUGUACAUUUGGGGAAUUCCAGUUUAAUGUAAAAUAAAGCUGAAUGCUCUGUU